AUGUUCUUCAACAUAGUUGCAGACUCCGUCGAAGACAACGCCGAUUUAGCCGCUCAGGCAGUCGGCGUCGCUCAUCGUACCCAAAAUGGGGUUCUUAAUGCUACUGGCAUCAACGGUGGCUCGAGCAAACAUCCUCAGGAUAAAGGGGGGAUGAAGCCAGAUGACAGGCCAGGUGCUGGGCCAAGCAAUACUGACAAGCCUCUGGGCCCCUAUGUUGACCUCCGAAGUGGCUGUCCAGAGGUAUAUAAUCAGGGGCAUAUGAUGAGUUGUACCGCUCAUGCUGUCGCUGCCGCAUUUGAAUUUGAUGUCAUAAAACAAGGUCUACCCGAUUUUUCACCUUCCAGACUUUUCAUUUGGUACAACGCUCGUGCUAAAGGUAAUCCCGGAGACACUGGGAAAGACGUUGAUGAUUGGUCCUACGAAGUUAGCGAAAGCGAUAAGAAGACGCAUAAAUUCCCCCCUGGUGCUAAGGCGGCAACGAAGCCGCCUAUUCGCAGAGAGCAUGCCCACCAGCACACCGCACCAUCCUACAAAACAUUCGAGAAGGCCACUGUGAAGGUGCUCAAAGAUUGCCUUAAUGAGGGAUAUCCUUUCGUCUUCGGAAUGAAAACCUACGGUCUACUGAUACUCCAUGGAAACAAUAUUGGUCCAGAUGGAUAUGGGCUCAAAAAGGGCCCAGACAGCAAGGACAUGAAGGAAGAGCAUAGACAUUCACUCCUAGCGGUCAGUUACAAGGAGGAUGAGGAAGUGUUCAUCAUUCGCAACUCAUGGGGGGCCGACUGGGGCGAGGAUGGCUACUUCUAUAUGCCAUACCACUGGUUGAAGCAUUGCUAUGAUUUCUGGACUAUCCGCCUUGUGAAGUAUAAUCCCGAGAAAUAUUGACAAGGGGUGGAAGGAGACAUACAUUGGAACUAAAGAAUAAUGGCUACAUUAUAUGUAACCGUAUUUACGCCUAAAUAGAUUAACAGGCUAGGUAAUAGGUCCCACGCAACAACAUUAUUGCUUGAUCCAAUUUUUUU